UUUAAGACAGCUGAUCGCUGGCCGUCUCCCUGGCGUCUGUGUGUUAGAGGACCAUUAACACACUCGGCUUUGAGCGCAGGGAUAGUGGAGCUCGGGAAAACACCACACGAAGGCUGCCAUGGUGUUAUAGUGCGCUGUCUGUCGGCCGGUCUAGCUGGAGAGGCGAGAUCUGCAAGGGGAAAAAAAGACGGGGAAAUAUUUUGAAAAAUAUGGGUGGUUGAGGGCCCAUACACACCGCAGUGCCAGGUUGUUGUUGUCGCGUGCGAGAGGGAGGUAGGGAGACAGAGAAAGAGCGAGACAGUAGCGACAGUGUGUGAUUAUUGCUACGUAGAGAAGAGUGAAGGAAAAAAAAUAGGAGGGAAACCAGACCAUAUUGCUUACCUGUCCCUCCGACCGAAAAGCCAAUCAAUCUUUUUUUUUCUUUCCCCAUCAAAGACAAAUAUAAACAACCGACAACAAACACCUCCAAGAAGCCCAGAAGACCCCAAGAAACCCCCAAAGGAAGACACAAUGGGCAGCCAAGACGCCUCAAGAAGUUUGUGGGUGUUCGGCUACGGGUCCCUCUGCUGGCACCCUGGCUUCCAGCACGGUGCCUCCGCCGUGGGACACAUCGAGCACUACGUCAGGAGGUUCUGGCAGGGGAAUUCGACACACAGAGGCAUCCCCGGCAAGCCCGGGCGAGUGGCGACCCUCGUGCAAGAAGAAGGGGUAAGUUUCUUUGUUUGUUGUUUUUUCUUUGUUUUUUUUCUUGUUAUUUGUUCCCGAGGAAAGAGUAAGAAAGUGGUUAUAAAGAAGAAGAAAAAAAUCGUAUAUCAAGUCUAUGGAUAAGAAUAUGUCCGUAAC